AUGGUUUCAGCAUAUUCAGUUGGGAAUGGCAAAAGAUCCAAUGAAGUUCAACAAGGACCUGACACCCCAGGACCUGGACAAUACUCUGGAGACAAGAAACAAAAAUACACUCCUCCCAGUUUCAAGAUUCCACAAGCACAAAGAUAAACGUUUCAAUCAAGUUUCACUCCAGGACCAGGAGCAUAUGCUUCUUCUGAUAACCUACUCAAAGGACCCAAGUUUUCAUUUGCUGGCAAAAAACAAUAAUCGGUUACCUCCUUUUAACCUGGACCAGGGGCUUACAAUCUAAAACCGACUAAACAAGCUCCUUUAUACAGUUUCGGAGGCAAAUAUGGAAGCCAUCCUGAUGAUUAACAACCAGGACCAGGAGAAUACUAAUUAAGCAAAUAAUUGGAUGCUCCAUCCAUGAAAUUUCCUCAAUCCAAGAGAGAUGAUCCUCAUUUGGAAAAAGUACCUGGACCAGGAACCUACAAGCAAGAAAGAUCGGAAUCUGCUCCCAAGUACCGUUUUGGCAAUGCCCAAAGAAGAGGACUCUAUGACAACGAACUUGGAAAAGUGCCAGGACCUGGAUAAUACAAUUAUUAGUCAUAAUUUGAGUCUAUCCAACCUAAGGGUUUUACUUUAGUCUCUAGGAAAGAAUAAUCUUCAUAAUAACUUGUUGUCCCAGGGCCUGGAGCAUAUGAUCCAUAACCAGUUAAAAGACCUCCUUCCUGUAAGAUUGGCAAGUCAAUGAGAGGAUUAUAGUUUGCCAAUCCUAAUCCAGGACCAGGAGAAUAUGAACCUUAAAUUGACACAGUUCGACCCUAAUCAGCCAUGGUCAGAGUAGGAUCAGCCUCGAGGAGACCACUGAAUGAUGUUAAAGGAGUUCCUGGACCUGGAACUUAUGAUUUACCAUCCAAAAUGGUUGAAGGGCCAUAAGUUAAAAUAUUGGGUCAUAAAUACGAUCCUGUUUAGGCUCAAAAGGAUUAGGUACCAGGACCUGGUUAAUAUGAACGUCCCAUUAUGUAAAGGCCAUAAUCAGCCAAAAUUGGUACUUCCAGAAGACAAGAUCUUAAUUCCACUUUAGAUGUUCCAGGACCUGGUCAAUACAAAACUAAGGAAAAAUUAGGAGGGCCUUCUUGGGGAUUUGGAACAGGUAAACGACCACCUUUGAAUCCUAAAAAUGACACUCCUGGACCUGGUGGAUACGACUAAGGAAAUGAAUUUGGGUCCGUACCAAAAUAUGCUAUGAAGAAAAUACCAUGAUCUUUAUAGUAAAUAAACUUACCUUCAAAUUAAUAGAAAUUUUUUA